AUGGAUAUCGAAAUUAAUAACGAUUUUUUAUUUUUUAAAUGUUUCAGAUCGCUUGUAAUUAAAAAUCACAUUUUUUCUUUUUUAAAAAAUCAAAAUUCAGAUAAUAGUUAUGAAAGUUCAAUAUCACUAAAAAAAUUAGCCUCAAAAAAUCGAUUCGAAAUGAUUUUGGAUAAAUUAAAAUCAAAUCAUUUUAUUUUUAUAAAUCACGAAGGUUUAAGAGAUCUAUAUUUAGAAACAUACAAGUUUUUGCCACAGUAUGAAGAAAUAUAUAGACUAUUAUGGAACUCUUAUAAAGAAAGGUUAAGAAGGUUAAAUUCAUUAGAUUACUCAAUUAAAGAGAACUCUAUUCAACAAUUCAAAAGUCUUUCUAAAAUUUUAUAUUUAGAACUUAAUAAAAAUAAUUACAAAUCUUCAGAAUCUUUUCAAAAUAAUAGUGGUAUUAAAUAUUAUAGUAAAGUUAAUAGAAACAAUGUCAUCGACCAAACAUACAGAUUAUACAGUUUAAUGGAUUUAGCAUUAGAAAAUAGCACAAUAGAAAUUGCAAAAUGUAUAUUAGAUUUAAUAAAUAGCAUCACUUUCGAAAAUAAUCGUAAUAAAAAAAAAGCAAGAGUAGAGAUUUCAACAUUACCAACAUCAGCAAUAAAUAAUGAAAAUUACACCAAAAUCCAUGUAUUAUUAAAAAUUCAACACUCUUUCACUGAUAAUCAUAUUCAAUUCCGUCAAUUUUUAAUAGAUAAUAGAGAAUGUAGUAUGGAGGCACUCAUUCAAGCUUCAAAAAAAUAUAUUAUAAAUAGCAAUUCCAAUACCGUUAAUAGAGAGCUUUUUUAUUAUUUCGGUGUCUAUUUAAUUUAUUAUUAUCUUCAACAAAAUAAUUAUAAUCAAAUAGAAAUGCUAUUAAAUUAUUCCCAAAACUCCUCUUCCAUUUUAUGUAUCAAUUUAAUAUUCUACUACUCUAUAUUCAAUUUAUCAAUAGAUACAUUCAACUUUUAUCUCUCUUUCAUCAAUGGACCUAACAAUACCAAUAGAUUAAACAAAGAUAUUAUUUUCAAAUUAAAAAACUAUUAUGAAGAAAUAGACACCUCAUCCCACUCAAUCGAAAUUGCAAAACAAUUUUUUAACUUUUUAAUUUCCGAUGGAAACUGUGGUGCAAUAAUAAUUUAUAACUGGUUCGAAAUUUUUAAAGUUAUUAUUGUAUACUAUGACUCGCAACUAUUAGAAUAUUUAUUAAUACACAAUGAAAAGUUUAGAACAAUGUACAGCUACUAUAUGGUCCACUACUUUAAAGAUAUGUUAGAAAUUCACUUUAAAAGAAAUAAAACAACAAAACAAUUUAACAAUAAAAACAUUGAAAUAUUUAUUCAACAAAUGAAAUCAGUAGAACUUUCAAAAAAGAAUGUAGAUCAACUAUUAAAAAAACUAAAAACAAAAAAGUGUAUAAUUUUAUUAAAUCAUUUCCUUAAAAACUAUCAAUAUAAUCAACAGCAACCUGAAAUUAUAAAUGAAGAAAUUUACUCCAACUUCAAAAAUAUAUACUCUUUUCAAAAUCAAUUUAAUGUGGAUCAAACCAUUCAACUAUAUUUAAAUCUAGAUCAAGACUCAGUAAAUAUCUUUUUUAAAUUUAAAGAAAAGAACCCUUUUUAUCUCAAUAAAUCCAAUAUUUUAAUAUUAAAUUUAAUAAAAUCAAUAAUAUUCAAAGAAUAUAGUCAAAUAGUUAAAAUUAUAUCAACACUACAAAUAAACAGCACUUUAACAACUGAAGAUUUAAAUAAUGUUAUUGGCGGUGGGAAUAAAGAAAUUAUAGGGUUUUUAUUUUUAAAUGGAUAUUUGGAUCCGUUUGAUAUAGAGUGUUUAUUGGAAGAAAUAUUUAAACAAAUCGACAUUGAUAAACAAUUUAUAUUUGACUUAAUACCAUCGGAAAAAAACCAAUUAAAGAACCAAUAUAAAGAAAGCUUUUAUGAUUUAAUUACGAUCAAAUACCAUGUAGAUGACAUUUCAAAAGAAACCGUAAAAGAAGAUGAAGAUAAUGAAUCAAAGAGUCUUGUAAUGCUGCUUUAUGAAGGUUAUUAUCAAAAGGUAUGGGAAUAUUUCCAAACUAAUGGUGCAAUAAAUAAGAAAUUAGAUGUUGCAGACUCUAUCUAUAGAGAUUUACCUAUUGAUUACUUUGUGCGUUUCUACGACCCCCUCAUCAAGGUUCAUCUCGAUGACUCUGACAAAGUAUUAGAAGUAUGUCUCUAUAGAUUCGAUAUUUUAGAAUUUCUCUGGAUCCAUCAUCUUGAUCACGAGCAAAAGAAAGAUCUCAUCUUAAAGAUAUUUAGCGAAAUGAACAAUAUGAACUGCCACCCCAUUAUUGAAUAUAUCCUAAAAGAAAAGAAGCAAUUUAUCUACAAUGACCUUCAAUUGGAUAAUGACCACAUUUAUAAACUACAUAGAAAUGCAUUGGUAGAUGGUGAUAUUUCAAUUUAUCAGUUAAUUAGAUCAAUAUUUACAUCAUUUAAUUUCCAAAUAGAUUUCAGUAUUAUUAAAGAGGUUCUUCAUUUUGAUAGUGGUACCGCAAGAUAUGAUGUAAUCGAAUACCUAUACGAUAAUAAUUUAAUUCCAAAUUUUAAAGAUAUCAUUAAAGGUCAAAAAAUAUUAAUAAGAGAAUUUAACAAUAGAUUUAUAGUCCCGGGUGAUAACUCUACAAUAAUAGUUACAAGAUCAAUGUUUAUACUAAUCUAUACAAUUAUAAGACUGCAAGAACAAGCCCAACUAAAUAAGGAAUAUUAUUAUUGCGAAUAA